AUGCGAAAAGUCCUCGUCACCCUACCUUUCCUCUCCGGCCUCGCCGUUGCGCUGGCUUUCCUGUUCAACUGGUCGGCUGCUUUGGACAAACGCCUGCCAGUCUAUGUGCAGAGACGCUUCGUCAAUGCGACCGAGCUUGAUGCGUGCAAGGCCAUUGCUGCCGCCAUGACGACCCAAGGUAGCAAGGUUGUCUAUCCGCUCGACCUCACCUACUCCAGCUUGAUCGAGCACUACAUGGCCUCUUCCACUCAAUACUCAACCUGCGUUGCCACUCCGGCAUCACCGUCCGACAUCUCAGCCGCCAUCAAGGUGAUCGGCAGCAAACGCAUCCGUUUUGCUGUCAAAGGAGCCGGCCACGCCUCCAACCAAGGCUUCUCGUCGACGCCCGGUGUGCAAAUCAGCAUGACUAACUUCCAGCAGGUCGUACUUAGCGGCGACAAGAAGACCGUCGACGUCGGUCCUGGUAACAUUUGGGACAACGUUUACCAGGGCCUGCAGGGCACCGGCGUAGCCGUUGUCGGUGGCCGUGUUUCGGGUGUUGGUGUUGGUGGUUUCAUCACCGGUGGCGGUGGCUACAGCUUCAAGACCAACCAGUACGGUGUGACUGCUGACACGCUUGUUUCCGCUGACCUCGUGCUUCCCGAUGGCACACUGACCACCGCUUCAGCAUCGCAAAAUCCGGACCUGUUCUGGGCGAUCAAGGGUGGAGGAAACAAGUUCGGCAUCAUCCACAACUUUAAACUCAAGACUGUGCCCCAGGGUCAGGUGUACGGUGGUUUGCGCACCUACACCGCCGAUCAGGUCGAUGCCAUCGUGAAUGCCACGCUUGACUUUUCCGAGAACAGCAAGGAUCCCAAGGCUUCGGUGCUUCCCACUUUCAACUUCCUCCUCGGGCAGCCUGGCGCGAUCGUGCUCGGCUUUUAUGACGGCCCUGAGCCUCCUGCGGACACUUUCCGUGAAUUCACAUCCACGACAGAAAUCCGUACCUUCACCAACGACUGGAAGACACGUACUAUUCUGGAUCUCGUCAAGAGUGCACCCUCCGAUCUCAACGGCGGCCAGCGCGGCGCAUUCCACACGGUAUCGCUCGAAAAGUACAGCAGACCGCUGCUCGAGCUGAUCGUCAGCGAGCUCAAGUACUACGGGUCGCAAGCGCUUCUCCACAGCGGCGAGCUCAUCUCGUACGACGUCGAGCCGUUCCUGCCUUACUCUCAGUACGCUACCGACGCAGCUUGGCCGCACAGCACCAAUGCGCUGCCUCUCAACCUCUACUUCGCCUGGAGCAACCCGGCCGAAGACGCAUUCUGGACCGAAGCCAUCAAGGCGUCGGCGGCCAAGAUCACCGCCCAGGCCAAGAGCGAGGGUCAGAACCUCGACAAUCUUUACUUGUAUCCCAACUAUGCUGUUGGUGGAACACCUUCGUCGCAGCUCUACGGCCCCAAUCUCGGUCGUCUCUCGUCACUGAGGAAGCAGUAUGACCCGAACAACGUCAUGGGUCUGACCACAUACUUUGCCUUUUAG